UUGAAAGGGCGAGGAGGGCGAUAUUGCUUCAUCGCGUUUUAGUAUUUUAAAUUGUGUUAGCAAAAUAAAAGUAACUAUUGUAAUAUUAUAUGCGGUGUCUGUAGUUAUAAUGUACCUGUGUAAUAAGUGCGGCGUGGCUGCCACAUAACGCCCGUAUUCAACCUCGUUAGGCUAAAUUGUUUUGAUUGAUUUUCGGUAUGUUGAAGUUUAAAAAAAUGGGUUCAGAUAAAGUGCCUCUUCUAUUAGUGACUGCAAACGUCGGAUCCAUCUUCGAAGAUCCAUCCGUAAUGCUUCCGAUAUGGACUUCGGAAUUCCUCCAGGCAGUAUCCAGAAUGGAUCCCAAGUUCAUAGCCCUCCACUUGCAAGAGGUUGGCGGGAAGGCGUACGAGAAGUCGAUGCAAUACGUGAAGGACUUCGUUCAGAGGCUGUGUGAUUGCCCCGAACUGAGGCUGUUUGAUAAGAUAAGGAUCUUUCUCGAUGAAGAUUUCAGCUCGCCAGAGAAGUUUACGGCACUGGGAAACAUGUAUUUCGCCCAUACGUCGCUCGCCGAUCUCAAGAUAUGGGACUUCGAGAAGAGGAACUACGUGGAAGUGUCUGGGAGGGAGGUGAAUAGUGGCAACAUUGAGAAGGUCACAACGAAGGAGAAGGUCAAGUUUCCGCAGCAUUUUUUUCCCGAGUGCAAAUGGUCGCGCAAAGGUUUCAUGCGCACGCGCUGGUCGAUCCGCGGCACGGCCGUGGAGUUCGUGAACAUACACCUGUUUCACGAUGCGUCCAACCUGCUGGCGUUGGAGCCUUUUCCAUCUGUGUAUUGCCGCAGCAGACGUCGCGCAUUGCGUCACACGCUGCGUCACCUGCACUCCGACGUGAACGCGGCGCCAUAUUUCAUAUUUGGUGACUUUAAUUUUCGCACCGACACCGGAGCUGUUGUUAAGAAGGUGACAGAGGACCUGCAGGCCAGCCGCGUGCAGAACGGCACCAGCGUGGACUCCACGAAGCUCCAGUACCGGUCCAAGGGUGACGACAGGACCGUGCUCACCAUCGGCAAGAAGGAGUUCGCGCACGUGGACCACCAGAAGAUAUUCCGCGAGUCUUGGCUACUGAAAUACGACAAAGAGUUGGAAGCCUUGCGGCCGCACCUGUACGAAUUUCCCGUGAAAUUUCCUCCCUCGUACCCGUUCGAGGAGGAUGUGCAUCUGCCCACACAUUAUAUGAAGACCAGAUGCCCCGCGUGGUGUGAUCGAAUACUUUUAUCUCAAUCAGCGAGAUUAUUGGUCCAAGAUCGUACGGAAAAUAGAGUCCAUCACUCCAGGAAAUCGGUAACCGAUUCCACGGAUAGCGGCAGUGGCAGAUUGUCGUCAUCGGACAGUAGUCCGGCGAGGUCUGCGUCGCCGGCGAAGCAAAACCAGUGGAGUCCGGGUAAAAAGCUUGAGAAGAAGGGCAGCAUGGCCGAGAUAGACGCUCUCAGCGUGCCCGUCAACACCGUCAGCAGGAAGAGCAUUGCGGACCCGACCAGCGUGCAGCAGGCCAUCAACGCCAGAGUGUCCGACUCGGAAACGUCACCCUCCCGUCGCAAACUGGUCAGGAACCAAUCGGAGGGGUCACCAAAAACGGGUGACACUUCAGAGCUGAGGCGACUGAUAGACGCGCCGACCAGACGACGCAAUGAAUACGGCGUGAUCGGUGACGCUACGUGCAUGGGAGACCACAAGCCGAUAUAUUUACGAGUGAUGCUGCAAAGCGACCGAGGUACAGUAGAGUGUUGUGAGAAUAGAAUACCGUGUGUUCUUUGCUCGUGCGCACGAUUGACCCCCACCCCUAGGCCUAGGCUACCUAGACUGCCCACAGAUCCAGACUUGUACGCAACGAAAAGCCAAAAAACCAUUCUAUCCGGCAGCCACCCGGACAAACUAUUAUCCGACGAAUAUAGAUUAAAAAGAACCCGCACCGGCUCGUUGAAUGAGAAAAUUUUACGCAUACCGUACGUGGAAAUAACUAGCGCUGACUAUUCCAGCUAUAACGAUAUAUACGUAAACGAUAUAGACACAACGCUAUUGAGCGCGAAACAGUGUGUCGAUCCGUACACGCCGGAGAGUAUCGAUUCGCAUUCGCCGGUCGAAGUUUCCGGCUCGGAGGACCAAACCGAAAUAAUCGAUGUCUGCAUCGAUUUGAAAUCGAAAUUGGCGCGCGAUCGCAGCGUGUCGCCUACGCAAUUGAAGAAUCGGUUGGAUCGACUGUUGAGUGAGACAGACGAUGUGACCAAAUUGCAACGGUUAGAUAGUAAGGAGUCGUGCAAGUCGGAUAAUAGUAGGAAAGGAGGGUUGUGUUGUUUGGCGUUGAAGUGCUACGGUUUUUGUAGACGCCGCGCUCGUAAAGUCAAUUGUAGUUGCUUCAAUUGUUGCACUUGAUGUUAUGCAGUCUGUGGAAAUUGAUUUGUGAUCUUAUUUGACGUAAUAUAAAUUGUUGUAAAAAAUACAACAUUCACUUUUUCUGACGUAUGGGAUUUGAUUCAAUCGAACUGUGAAUUUUGAAUUUGGAAUGAUAUAAAUUCCAAUGUUUUAGAUUUUAUUUUGACGUUGUUCGGUCGAGUUGUAUUUAUUUUUAAUAAGAAUAGACUUUAUCUAAUCGUGCUCGAUUAUUUUUAAAUAUGGAAUUAAAUUGACGUAAUUCAAUUCGAUCGGACGAAAUUCGAAUUUGGAAUAAUUUUAAUUCCAAGAUGAAAUCUUUGACACUGACGUAAUGUCUCAAUUUGUUUGAAUCAAAAUUGUACAUUUCAAUUUCCUAAGGCUGUCGUGUAGUUUAGAUAUUUCUUUGUAACCAAUGUUAUUGCAAAUCUGACGCUUAAUGCAAACGAUAUGCAUGCAUUUAUUGCGCAUGCAUUUAAUGCAAUUCGAACCAAUUUAUACUUAAUAUAGUACUUAUUUUAAGAUUUUAUUAUAGACUAGUCGAAUGCACGGCAAAUAGUGAAUUUAAAAAAUAGUAUUUCAUAAAAAACGCAUUUGCCUUUCUAUUUGAUUUGAAAUGCAGCUAGCUGUGCUUACUUAAGGUGAAAUUAUACCAAAUCUUUAUUAUUCUAGUCUAGCUUUACUCAAGAUGAUCGUCUGUCCUUUUCUGGUGCUAUCAGUAUGCAGGUGCGAAAGGGAUAAAAGUAUAGUUAAAGUACUCAGUGUAUAAAAGUAUUAUAUUUAGCCCUUAUUUUUGUGUAUAAGGUUUUAUUAAUUGAAUAUUUAGUCUUGACAUAUAUUUCCUCGCAAACGACACACCAGUAAUUAUUGCUUAAAUAAUUUUGUACUUAAAGUGAUAACUUAAAAAUUAUACGCAAUGCGGGUACUUGUACUUUUUAAUACACAUUGUGUACGCUAUCGCUCAGUCUCGCUUCGACCGUCGCAGCGAGCGGUCGUGGGGACAGUUACAAGUUUUCAUUUUGAAUUAGACUGACAUAUAACUUGCAUUUUUAACAAGUUCAUUAACAGUAAAUGUUUCUAGUCGUAAUGUAUGUUUAGCAAAAGGAUUUACUAGUAGUUUGUCACGAACUACUAGCACUACUAGUAGAGUAAAUAUGAUAUACUUAAUAUUUCGUUAUUUUCUAAUAACGUCUCACGACUUUAUUAAUUACACAUUCUAUGUUAAUUGAAGGCUUUGUGCAAUUUUUGUUGUAUGUUUGAUUUGAUGACAAUAGCAUGGGUUAGUUUUGUUGGUUAUUUGGAUAGUGCUUUGCAUAUGCUAUACCGUUUUUGAUGCUGUUUUUAAAAUUUAUGCUAUUGCUGUCAAGUCAUUGUAGCAUGGUAAUCGUCUAAGUGUAAUGUUACGUGGUGCUUAAUAAACAUUCCUAGUAUUU